AACAAUCUGCUCUCCUGCCGAAGAUUACACCCUCAAAAACCCUCACCUCUUUGUCUUUUUACCAGUCCCAAAACCCUAACCCGCACUUUCCCAAAGCACACUGGCGCAUACGCCCACUCUCUACCUACUUCACACACGCUCUCUCUAUCUCUCUCUCUCUAUAGGGUUUUAGCUAAUCAGACAGACCCAACAAAGGAUAAUUCUUAGGAUUAGCGAAGAUGUUGGCAGACAAAGGAAAGAAACAGAAGGUAGGAGAGAGAUGCGAAGAGGAAAAAAACAACAACGCAGAGCACAUUGAUGGGGAGCUCGUUCUCUCCAUUGAGAAGUUGCAGGAAAUCCAAGACGAGCUUGAGAGGAUCAAUGAAGAAGCAAGUGAUAAAGUCUUGGAAGUAGAGCAGAAGUAUAAUGAGAUACGCAAGCCUGUUUAUGAUAAGCGAAGUGAUAUUGUCAAAUCUAUCCCUGACUUUUGGUUGACUGCUUUUCUGAGUCAUCCUGCUCUUAGUGACCUUCUGACUGAAGAAGACCAAAAGGUUUUCAAGUAUCUAAAUUCCCUUGAAGUUGAAGAUUUUAAAGAUGUGAAAUCUGGUUACUCUAUUACAUUUAACUUCAAUCCCAACCCUUACUUUGAAGAUACAAAGCUGACAAAGACUUUUACCUUCCUUGACGAAGGAAUUACAAAAAUAGAUGCUACAUCAAUCAAGUGGAAAGAGGGCAUGGGCAUACCAAAUGGAGUUGCUUAUGAUAAGAAAGGGAGCAAGCGACCUCAUGCUGAUGAAAGCUUCUUUAGCUGGUUCAGUGAAACCCAACAGAAAGAUGAUAUGGAUGAGAUUCAUGAUGAGGUUGCUGAAAUAAUUAAGGAGGAUUUAUGGCCUAAUCCUCUUACUUAUUUUAACAAUGAGGCUGAUGAAGAGGAUUUUGAGGGAAAUGAAGGUGAUGAUGAGUCUUUUUUCCCCCCCGAAAGGUCCUUGUUUGUGGAAGUUGCUGAACCAGACAAUUAUGAGCACUUGCCUGUUCAGCAAGUGAUUGCUUGA